AGACGAUGACCAUCUUCAACGUUAACACCUUCAUUGGAAGGUAAGCUAAAGGUUAGACAUCAGCACGUUCUCAUACAGGAGAGAAGAAAAGGGCAAGAGAAUAACGAUUACCGCUCGCUUUCGUCCUCAAUCAAGCUCCCCUAAUCAUGCAGGAUACUCUGCUACAAACUCCCCAAUUUAGGACAGAGUUGUCCCCACUAGCAAGACCCAACUUUUGUCCUGCCACUUUCUCGCAGCUGAUCCCGUGAUCAACAUCCAAUCGAAAUCCAAACCGUCAAAAAUAAAGAAUGAAAUCCAAGAAAUUCUCCAUAGUUGGCCUAACGUCUUAACUGCCACGAGAGACCGGCUUCGCCUACAAAUAGCAGCUACCCUUGUUGGCCCUCUCAGUGCUUAGUUUCUCUCUAAGGACUUGCUCUCAAGUAUUGAUAUCUUCACGAUGGCAAUCAGAGAAGUAAGCCUUUGGCUGCUCCUGCUAUGCAUAUGCUCCUGCUGUGCUUGGAGCAAGUCAGUGGAGCUCAACUAUGCAGAUGCACUGGCCAAGUCCAUUCUCUUCUUCGAAGGACAACGGUCGGGCAAGUUACCGGCGUCGCAGCGCAUGACCUGGAGGGCUGAUUCUGGCUUGACAGAUGGUGCAGCCGAUGACGUUAAUCUAGCUGGAGGAUACUAUGACGCUGGAGACAACGUCAAGUUUGGCUUCCCCAUGGCAUUCACGACGACCAUGCUGGCGUGGAGUGUCAUUGAGUUCGGAAGCUCCAUGAAGGGGCAGCUUGAGAAUGCCAAAGCUGCACUCAGAUGGAGUACUGACUACCUCCUCAAGGCUGCAAAUGCCAAACCAAACACCUUAUAUGUGCAAGUGGCAGAUCCUAAUGCAGAUCAUAGAUGCUGGGAGAGGCCAGAGGACAUGGAUACACCACGCGGGGUUUACAAGGUGACCCCACAAAACCCCGGGUCGGAUGUUGCCGCAGAGACUGCUGCAGCUCUUGCUGCAGCUUCAAUUGUGUUUCGCCAAUCUGAUCCUUCGUAUUCCAACCAACUGCUUCGGACGGCCAUCAAGGUUUUCGAUUUCGCGGACGAACACAGAGGUGCCUAUAGUGACUCUCUCGGUUCUGUAGUUUGUCCCUUCUAUUGUUCCUACUCCGGCUAUAACGAUGAACUCCUUUGGGGUGCAUCAUGGCUACACAGAGCAUCUCAGGAGACAGCAUAUAUGGGAUACAUUCAAUCCAAUGGCCACAUCUUGGGAGGAGAAGAUGAUGUUUACACGUUCAGUUGGGACGACAAGCGAGUUGGAACGAAAAUUCUGCUUUCAAAGGCUUUUUUGAUGGACAAACUCGAAGAACUAGAGGUGUAUAAAGUACACUCUGACAAUUUCAUUUGCUCGUUAGUUCCAGGAACGCCACAGUUUCAGGCUCAAUAUACACCAGGAGGGUUGCUCUUCAAAGGAAUCAGUGGAAGCAAUCUGCAAUACGUGACAACAACAGCUUUUCUACUCGUGACAUACGCCAAGUACAUGAGAACCACAGGGGAAGCCGUCUCCUGCGGGGCCACAACCGUCACGGCUGCCAACCUCGUCUCACUUGCUAAGAAACAGGUCGAUUACAUUCUUGGUGUUAACCCAGCAAAGAUGUCAUACAUGGUGGGAUUUGGAGAUAAAUAUCCACAGCACAUCCAUCACCGAGGUUCUUCACUUCCAUCAGUGCGUGUUCACCCUCAACCCAUCCACUGUGGUGAUGGCUUCCAAUUCCUCUACAACAGCUCUCCAAACCCAAAUGUGUUGGUGGGCGCGGUGGUCGGUGGACCUGAUAGCCAAGACAACUUCGCUGAUGACCGGAACAACUAUCAGCAGUCGGAGCCAGCCACAUACAUCAAUGCACCUCUUGUUGGCGCUCUUGCUUUUCUUGCAGAGACAGUGCAGAAGCCAGUCCUUUACUGAAGAAGGGGUGACUUUGAUACAUAUACAGGUGGCAAACAGAAGCUCUACUCGUUUCUUACCUAAACUCAUGACGGGGAACGUUCUAAAUCUUGUCGUGGAUAGAAAGGAUGGAGGUAUCCUUCACUGCAGCAUCAGUCUGCGGACCUUUCUCCGAAUCCAUCUUUAUUAGAAUAUCAACUACUUCCCUCAUAGAAGGCCUUACAUCA